GCCCUCUAAUUUCAAAGUCUUUCAAUAACCAUACCAGACACAAGAUCCUAAUAGUUAUUAGACAUAUGGAAGAAAAACAACUUAACCAUUUCAGUCAUGAGGAACACCCUCUCAUCCUGAGUGAGUUGCGGAAGGAAAACGACGACGGUAGUAUUGAUCGAAAGUUUGUAGUCUGUUAUGGGUGUCAGGAGCAAAUCUGGGAUCCUGCGGCGUACUGUUGCUUUGCUUGUCAUUUCUUUCUUCACAAAAUAUGUGCGGAGCUUCCUCGACAAAUUAGGCAUCCGAUGCAUUCUCAGCAUGACUUAGUCCUCCUUGGGAAGCCACCUUAUUAUUCUCGUAGUUGUAUCUGUGAUGCGUGUGGCCAAGAUGAUUGGAAGUUUUUCACCUACCACUGUUCCUUGUGCGAAUUUGAUCUCGAUGUGUCGUGUGCUAUUUUGGAUCAGCCGGAAAUUUUGGAGCAGCGGGAAAUUGAGCUCGAUUGUCAUCACCACCGUCUUAUACAACUAGAAAAACCUGCUUCUUUCUUGUGUGAUGCUUGCGGUAAGGUUGAUGAAGAUUCGUCCUAUUUGUGUCCUACUUGUCAAUUUUGGAUCCACAAAAAAUGUGCCUUGCGGCCAACAAAAGUGAAGCACAAGGAUCAUAAUCACUCACUCCAACUGGCUUAUUCUCUUCCGUCUGACCACCGCAAAUUUCCACAACAAUGCUCUGUUUGUUGGAAAAAGGUACGUCUGCGUGAUUGGGUCUAUUAUUGCGGUCCUUGCAGAUACUUCGUCCACAUUACAUGUGUUGUGAUCUCUCAAAAGGAUGAAGAGCAGCUACGUGAAGAUAUUGAAUAUCCUAUCUCAGGAGAACAAGUUCAAAAUGUGGUGAAACUACCAUCCAAUAACACAGCUCAAGAAUUGAUCGCCCGUUUUCUUCUCAAGGAGGAUGAGAUCAGUAACAGUAAUGACUCAGUCAAAUCGAAUAUUCCAGAAGAGAUAUUUUUGAUAUCGCACAGGAAGCAUCCGCUUGUUCUUUUAGAGAAAGUACAAAACUUAGAUGAGAUAGAGAGUACUACUAGUGACGAUCAGGAAGAAGCAAAAGCAUUAUUAGUAUGUGACGUGUGCAUUGAACCUAUUUGCUCAUCUGAUGAUCCCCACUACUAUGCUUGUGCCGAGUGUGGUUACGUUGUCCAUUUAACUUGUUCUAACCUCCCUCCUAAAUUGCACAUCCCACAGCAUCCCCAGCACCCAUUCUCAUUGAUGCAUAAUCCGAGUGCAGUUGGUCAUUUUACAUGCCAGGCAUGUUACCGGUGGACCAAUGCUAACUAUUAUAAUUGCAAACCUUGUGAACUAAGCAUUUGUAUCAAGUGUGCGAGUGCUAGCAUGAUCACGAGUAGCGUCAAACACGAUGGUCACAAGAAGCACCUCUUGGCUCCAUUUCAAAGUUCAGAUCGCAUACGUUGCACGGCAUGCGGCGGCUAUACAUAUGGAGGUGGUUUUGGGUUUGCUUGUGAGGAUUGCCAUUUCUACGUGGGCUAUAACUGUGCUCUGCUGCCUCCUACGACCACACAGAGAUGGGACAAGCACCCACUUCUCCUGAUAUAUCCUCCGUAUUUCGAGCAUCCUGAGGAAUUCUACUGUGUGCUCUGCGAAACAGAAAUCAACCCAAAUCAUUGGAUGUAUCACUGCCGUGAAUGCGACUACUCAUUGCAUCCAUUGUGCAUUCCCCAAAUUGGACGUGUGAAAUAUGGACGCUUCCUAAAUGUGAAUAAUCAUUCUCAUCCUCUCACUCAUGUUCCCGAAGCAAAAUACAAAUCCUUUUGUGGGAGCUGCAACAACAGGAGGUUGGAUUGGGAAGAGGCUUUCGAGUGUGAUUCGUGCAGAUUUUAUCUCUGUCCAGAUUGUGCUUACGAAAGGGAAUUGACUGAUUAUGAAGAAUGACACUCUCGUGUUUUUGUAACUGAUUUUCACUUAUAUAUUUAUGAAUUACUUGGAAGUUCAAAUAAAAUAAUUAGUCAACUUGCAGAUCA